AUGAACACAUACUUACUCAGCUGCAAUGUUUCAGAAGAAUUUUCUUUACGUGAAGACCGCUUAUUGGCUAACGUAUCCGAUUUGAUUGAAACAAAUCACCGCGAGACCAUUAACGUCGUUCGAAAUGCACUCAAUGAGAAUUCCGUUGCUGUUGAAAACUCGAUACAAGCAAAUCACAAGCUGAGCGCGGAUGCUGUAUCACAUCGUGUAACUGAACGUUUACGAGAAGCGCUGACAACGAUGGUGGUACCUGCUAUAGAGCGGAUUUGUGCACAACUUUUCAAACAGCUUAACGACAGUUUCCGUCAUGGACUUGAGCAGUAUCUGCAGCAAAUGAGAGCGUUGCAAACUGCUACGCUAGCAGCCGUCGCUGCUAGCGCUACACCGGCUCCUUCGCUCUCGGUCGGAGCAGAUCGACAAGCUCUUGCGCAUAUGAUCAAAAAUAACCAGAUUCCACUUGCUUUUGAGACUGCGCUGAAUCAAGGCGACCAAGCAGCGCUUGAGUUUGUUUGCAAUAACGUGGAUCCUGAUGAACUGUUCCGCUUCCCUUGUACUCUUUCUCAACCAGUGCUGCUAUCGCUUUUACAACAGCUAUCUUUACGACUCGACUCGGAUACUGAUCUGAAGUUCCGGUACAUGGAACACAUAGUGGAUGUUCUCAAACCGCAUGACGACGAUAUCGGA